CUGCACCACAGGAGCUGGCGAACCGGCUGUCGACGACCCGACCUGCGCCGCUCAGCAUGGUGGAACGCCGCCGGAGAGCAGCAUCCGCCACCCUGGCCGUGCUGCUCCUACUCUGUGACGUCAUCGGAUACACCUUGGCGAGAGAGUGUAACAAAGUGGGAUGCUGUUAUGACGACGAUCGCACCCAUCUGACCUGCAGCUUCAGUGUCCCUGAGAUUAACAUACUACUGAGAGGGGCACCGAACUUGGAAGAAGCUAGAAUUCUACGAGGUCGAAGCGUUUGGUUAAAACGCGACGCAGUGUCCUCCAAUCACAACCUACGCAGAAUGCUUUUCUCCGACAUCGAAAGGCUAGUUUUGGAGGAGAGCACCGAGGUGCAAGUAGAAGCCGACAGAAACGUCUCGCUUACAGUGAAGGACGUUGGUGAACUGCAAAUAAGAAAGUCGGCCUUCCUCGGCUGGCACAGCAAGCUGGCGACCCUGUCCGUCACAAACGCAGACAGCGUGUACGUCGAGACUGACGCCCUGCCGUUCGACUCGAUGUUCCACCGUGUGCAGUUCUCCAACGUCAGCACCCUGACACUGGAGACGGGCGCGAUCGGCGGCAUGAUCAGCUCCCUGCAGCUCGAGAACGUCCGCUCUCUACGGCUGAGCCCCGGAGCCAUCAGCGGCAAACUCGGAACCCUGAGCCUCCGGAAUGUCGAGACCGACUCAUGUCCCCCGCACGCGUUCGGAGGGUCCACAGACAGCGUCUUACUCCGCUCCGUGACAAUUUCGAGUGUGGAAUCGCGCUGUCUGGACGCCAGUGCGGGCUGGAAACGGCUCGCCAUGGACGACUGCACCUUGGACCAACUGUCGCCGCGCAGCAUUCACGGCACCAUCGGAAACAUCACCGUCUCCCACUGCCGGAUCGCCAGCGCCAGCCCGGCAGCCGUCAGCGUGAACGCCACCCUGCUGCACGUCUCCAGCACCUCCGUCGGCGAGCUGAGCUCGUGGGCGCUGCAGGUGGCGUCCGCAGACUCGGUGUCGCUCCACCGGCUGAGGGUCGGCUUCCUGCGCCGCGAUGCGCUGAGGGGCCUGCAGCUGGCCGACUCGGACGGCGGCCUCUCGUUGGACGGUCUGAGUGUGGAGCGCGCGGAGCCGGGUGCCCUGAGGCUCUCCGCUGCUGCACCGGUCGCGCUGACCGACCUCCAGCUGACUGGCGGCUGUGCCUGCAGCACCCCCAGCUGGGCGCGUCAGCUCCUGUUGGGCGCCUCCAAUGGCGCAAGGAACGCCUCUGGCUUCCGAGGAACCGUGAGCACAAUCACGGAGGAGCAGGACGCAUUACUACGACAAAUCGAGGCCGGAAACUGUACCGUCGAAGGCAUUUCGCUGGGCGAGUUCGCCGCUCAGCACUGCGGUACACCGGCCGGCGCCGGCGGUCUGGGAGGUCAGUCAGACGACCACACCCCUCUGGCGCCCGGCUGGUCGUACCUGGGCGUGGCGGCCCUGGCGAGUCUCCUACUGGCGCUAACCGUGCUUCUAAUCAUCAUCACCGUCCGGUGUUGCCGCCGUCUGCCGAAGAGGCGCUCCGACCGGCCGUGGCGACCCGAGCCGGCCGGCGCCGACUGCGUCGGUCAGCACUCGGCAGGCGGGAAGGCAGCGCCCGGCAGCCCGGGCGCCUACUGCCGACUGGUGAUUCCCGGCGACACCGAGCACUCGCAGGCGAUCUACUCGGAGGUGGCCGACCCUCCGAUGGCCGCCCGUCCGUCGGAGUCGGCGUACGCCAACUCGCCGGAGGCGCGCGCCUGCACCUGUCCGCCGACCGCGCCGUACGCCGUCUCGGCCGACACGGCCGGCUGCAGCUGCCAGCCGGAUCGUCUGAGAGACGCCGAGCACACGUAUGCAAACAUGCCCGGCGCCGGCAGAGUUGACGCCUCGGCCGCUGACGCACGCGCCGAUCAGGAUGCUGCGCAGCCACCGCUCCGCCACGACUCUCAGGAAGAGGCGGCCGCCGCGGAGGAGCGCGGGCCUGUCCUCGCAGCGACAGCGGUCGUUCAAUGUCCUGAAGCCGAUGACCUACCAGAGUACGCCGAGAUCGCGCCGGUGCCCCCGCUCGGCGAGCCGGUUUCAGCGGACCCACCCGCCGACAUGGUCAGGAACGAGCUCUACGUAUCGGCCGUGUGAUGGGGCAAGCGAGGUUGACCAUGGACUUGAGAUGCUUGGUCGUAAAGGUACGCGAUUGUGAAAAUACGCUUUUUUAACCCGCGCACCGACGGGGGUCUGCGCCAACUUCGCACCGACGGGGGGGGGGGGCGGAUGACCGCCCCCCCCCCCUGAGAUCUCGAGAACGAAGCAAGAUAGCGACAAGCGGUAAACGGCAUCGGAUACGCACGGUCAAGAUCUACAAUUUUUACUAAGGUCAUUUUCAGGUCAGGUCAAAGAUGACGUCACAGGGGUCGAAAAAGUCAAAAUGGCGGCGCUAGAUAUGGAGAGAGUUUUUCUCGAAUAACUUUCGAAUUAGUCAAGAUAAGAACAAGCUAAGGGCAUCAUCGUGAUCCUCUUGUCAAUCCGCAUCGAAUGAUAUAUAUGUUGACCUCGAAAAGUCAAGGUCAAAGGUUGACCUCAGGUCACGUGACCUCGAGGUCAUCAUGUAUAUCAUUCGAUGCGUCUUGACGAGCUGAACACAAUGAGACCAUCCACGCGGCUGUAUCUUGUUCCUGUACGGAGUUAUUGGCCAAAAACCUUUGGUGACCUUUGAUGACGUCACAUGACCUCACAGCUGCCCAACAGCAAAACAGACCUCAAGGUAGUGAAGGUUGAUCGUAUUAUGAAGUCAUGUAUGGUAUAUGGGGCCAUUCCGACCCGUUUUAGUGGUAAAAAUAGGGAGUUGAUUUUCCCCCAUUGACUUAUAAUGGGGAGGUCGCAAAAUUGACGUGACCUUAGGUCACCGAUAUCAAAAUUCCGAGAUAUACAGUAGCUACUAAUGAACUUAUCACAUCCUGCGACGUUCAAAGGCCUCCGACAUCUACUGUAGCUCUGGCACGGUGACAAAGUUGCAAAAAAGUGACUUGAGGUUGGGUCAUUCAAAGUGACCUGGUGACCUGACCUUAAAAGGUAGGAGGUUCAAACUUGCACACCAUGUGUAAAAUUGAUGAGGGAAUAGUCGUACCAAAUCCGGUUUUCCCGCUAUUCGCAAGAAACCUCAGGGGGGCGGAUAUCCGCCCCCCCGUCGGUGCGCGGGUUAAGGCGCGAUAUUGUGAUAAUGGCUCGUAGACUGGACAGAAGAGUCCUUGAGUUGUAUGGAGCUGAAAUGUUGAGGCAUGCCGUGAUGGAAAUACAUAGGUACUCUGUAAUAAUACAGGUUAGAUUCAUAAAUAUGGAGAUAAAGAUAGACCAGUAAAACGUCUUUUGACCGAAGACGAGCGAGCGAGAGAAUGAGCCCUGCACGCGCGGAAGGGCGAGAGGGUACUGAUCCUGCUUCCAACUGGCUUGUGCACUGCACCCUACCAACCGGUCUCUAGCCGCUCACCAAAUUUGAGCGCAGUCGUCACAGCCGUUCUCGAGAUCUGGAAACGCCCCCUGCACGUGCGCACGUAUAGCACCCUUCGUAACCCAUGGGAAUGCAGUGCCUGGUGGGUGCCUUAUACGAGGGGGUAUCGAAAAGUUCUGAUCAUCAGAUAGAAGGUAUAGACCGAUUUUGAUGAUUUUUGGUUGGUAUUAUAUUUGGUUCUUAAGAACAAUGCUCCCGCAAAGAGAAUCCUGAGAAGUGGUUUUAUCUUAUGUAGGAGAGACUUAGAAGUAAAAAAGAUGAGUAUUGGGCCCAUUGAGGACCGAACCAUCAUACAACUAAUGCAUUUGAAACGGUAUCACACUGAGAAAAUACAUCAAGAACGUGAAAUUAGUUUAUGGCGAGGAUAGCCCAUCUCAUGCACUUACCGUAAAUGAAGAAAUAAUUUUCAACUUGGUUGCAUGACCCUUGCAGGGGAGUCAAGAAGUGAGUGACUACCAGUGACUGACAAGGUGACGACUGUGAAGGAAGUGGAGGACCUCAUCCUUACAGAUCGUCGUGUGACCUUUCAGAUGAUUGUGCAACAGAAAGGUCUCAAUGCUGGCAGUGCCUGAAAAUAUUAUCAGCGAAGAACUACAGACGAUAAAGGAGUCAGCCCGCUUAGAAGUUCGUGUGUCUUCUUUGUUCAAGAGAAAAAUGCGUCUUGGCCUUCCGAAAUGAAAACUAGGCCUUUUUUAGGAAAUUGAAGACAUCUUCGAUCAUUUGAUGACUUGUGACGAAUGCUGGGUCUAUGUGUAUGAUCCAGAGACAAAAAGAUGAUCAAGAAGUUUAAGCACGGCACAUCUGUCCUUCUUAAAAGGCGAAGAUGCAGAAGCCGAUAUGGAAGGGCAAUGCUAUCAGUGUUCUGGAUCUGGCGUAGGAUAGUCAUUACCGACUGUCUUGAUGAUGGUCGGAUAAUGAUAAGCAAGCACUAAUGCACAGUUUUUAAGAAGUUGCGAGAUGGCCUCUAGCAAAAUCGCCGCAAAAAAGCCCAAGAAAGAUGUUUUAUCCGCACCGACAGCGCCCCCGCCAAUUCGUCCUGAGCUGCGAUUGAAAAAACAACAUGAUGUGGACAUUAAAUCCUACCGCAUCUAACAAAUGCACCUGACCAGGUAUUAACUGACUCUUGAUUGUUACGGGAGAUGAAGAAUCCACACUAUGGCCGGUGUUUUAUGGACAGAAAUGACGUCAUUGAUGAGGUGGAGCAGUGAUUUACGGGACAGUGCGAAGGUCCUACAAUGACCGCCUCAGGCAGCUGAAGAAACGAUGCAAUAAGUUUGCGGUCGUGUGUGGUGACUUGUAAAGGAGUAAUGAACAUCAUGUAAAAAAAAAUCAGAUUUCUAUCACAUCUAAUUCAUGGUGAUGAUCAGAACUUUUCGAUACCCCCUCGUACAUACAUGUCAAGUUUAGGCGAAAUCGCGCCAGUGAUUUCCGAGUUAUUGUAAUGGGAUCAAAUUUGACACCUCUUUUCUUUGCAUUUUGCACGUGCACUGGGGGUGACCGACAAGCAUCGAGCGUGUCCGAUGUUUAACAGAAGGGACGCAGCCCUACAAAAAACCGCAAGUCAAUCGCCCCAGCGGUUGCCGAGAUAUAGGCUUCUCAAUAUCGCUACUUCAGCAGAACAACUUGAACAUCCUUUGCUUUCCACGUGCCACAUGCCACGACGUCACCUAGACACAUCAAGAAAAGUCAAAUACGGAGUGCAAGGGAUGUGGCUACCCAACAAAAAGACCGCAGGUCAAUCUGCCCAGCGGUCGCUGAGUUACAGGCCUCUCAAAAGCGUUACAGGCCAAGUCGGGUCGGGUCGGGCCGGGUCAGGCCGCUCAUACUGAGAUUCGCCCGUUAUAUUGAAAAAGACUCGCUUCGCGCUCGCUCAUAUUUAAUGCCAUGAUGAAAGGUAUAUUGUGAAAUGUGGUUAUGUUGUAUAAUAUACAUAGGUACCUACAAACAUGCAUUGCGCUUGUGUGUAGGCGUAUACGAAUAAAAUGUAUGUACACAUAUAUAUUGUGUUACACCAUAGAUGUUACACAUAACUAUGUCAACUGUAAAGGCUGUGGGGAUGUAAUGAGAAUACAGGCAAGUGGUUUU